AUGAAAUUAUUUUUAGCGCUUUUUGCAAUUUCUCAAGCGAAUCUGAGAUUGUCGGUAACAGAUAGUGUUCUUGGGAAUCUUGCUGAUGGAAUCGAAGUGACAAUUUUCGAUGGAAAAUCGGAGCAAAAUGCGACUCAUUCUUGGACAAAUUGGUCAAAUCCCCAAAAACUAGGAUAUUCCGAACAGAAUGGACUCGAGAAAACGACCCUUUCGGAAGGUCAACUUUACCGGAUUCAUUUUGCAUCCGGGAAAUUCUAUGGAAUCGAAGCACCGUUUUUCCCCGAGCCGACAUUCGAUUUUAAAAUGGUGCCAGUUCCUGAGGAGAAAGAACUGAUGCUUUCCGUUCUUAUUUCUCCCUAUGCCUACAGCACCGACGCGAAAAUGGUUCCGAAAGGAUCAGGUGCAAGAGCUGUUAUUGUAAGUCUCUUCACCCUGCUUCUUGCUUACUGUAGUUUCUGA